GAGAGACUGGAGGAAAAAGAAAAAAAAAGUGGCGGCAGUAUUCUGAAAUAAUUGAUAGUCUUAUCUCUUAUGAAACUGACGUGGUCAUUAAGAGCAGCCAUGAAAUAUAUAUUGGUUACUGGAGGUGUCAUAAGUGGCGUUGGCAAAGGUGUUAUAGCUAGUAGUAUUGGAACUAUAUUAAAAUCAUCUGGGAUAGCUGUCACAUCUAUAAAAAUAGAUCCCUAUAUUAAUAUCGAUGCUGGAACAUUUUCUCCUUAUGAACAUGGUGAAGUAUUUGUAUUAGCUGAUGGAGGUGAAGUUGAUCUAGAUCUAGGCAAUUAUGAAAGAUUUUUAGACAUAACCCUACACAGAGACAACAAUAUUACAACAGGUAAAAUCUAUCAGAGUGUUAUUAAUAAAGAAAGAAGAGGCGAUUAUCUUGGUAAAACAGUACAAGUUGUACCUCAUAUAACAGAUAGUAUACAAGAAUGGGUUGAGAGAGUAUCUAAACGACCUGUUGAUCAAAGUCAAGUUAUACCGGAUGUCUGUAUAAUUGAGUUGGGAGGAACAAUAGGGGAUAUUGAAGGUAUGCCAUUUGUUGAAGCUUUCCGACAGUUUCAGUUUCGUGUUAAAAGAGAGAACUUCUGUUGUGUUCAUGUUAGCUUAGUACCUCAGCCCAAAACAACUGGGGAACAGAAAACAAAACCCACACAGGCAAGUGUAAGAGAGUUAAGAGGCUUAGGAUUAUCGCCAGAUUUGGUUGUUUGUAGAAGUAAUUCACCAUUGAUGAAUGCUGUUAAAGAUAAGAUAUCAUUAUUCUGUCACGUAGAACCAGAACAGGUGUUUUGUGUUCAUGAUGUAACAUCGUUAUAUCGUGUACCUCUGUUAUUGGAAGAUCAGGGAGCCAAACAGUUCUUUAUUAAACGUCUAGGUUUACCUGAAGCAGCACCUUCACCUCGUAAAUUAAUGAUCAAAUGGAAAGAACUAGCCGAUAGAUAUGAUCGUCUAUUAAAAGAAGUAACAAUUGUAUUAGUAGGAAAAUAUACACAGUUAGAAGAUGCUUAUGCGUCUGUUAUCAAAUCACUACAACAUGCAGCAUUAGCAUCCAGUCAUAGAUUAGAUUUAAAGUAUAUAGAGGCAGCAGAUUUAGAACCUUCUAUGGUUCACGAAGAUGCUCAAAGAUAUCAUCAAGCAUGGAAAGAACUUGUUGGUGCCAAUGGAAUAUUGGUACCUGGGGGUUUUGGUAUUAGGGGUACAGAGGGUAAAAUACUGGCAGCUCAGUGGGCAAGAACAAAAAAUGUUCCAUUCCUUGGUGUUUGUUUAGGACUUCAGUGUGCUGUAAUUGAAUUUGGUAGAAAUGUUUUACAGUGGUCUGACGCACAUUCAACAGAAUUUAACCCAAACACAGAACACCCUGUGGUGAUAGAAAUGCCAGAGCAUAACCCAGGUCAAAUGGGGGGUACCAUGAGGUUAGGUCAACGAAAAACACUUUUUAAAAGCAAAGAUUCUUAUGUUCGAAAAUUAUAUCACAAUAAAGAUUAUGUAGAAGAACGUCACAGACACAGAUAUGAGGUUAAUCCAGCAUUUGUUAGUCAGUUUGAAGAAAAAGGAAUGAGAUUUGUUGGUAGAAGUGAAGAUGGAGAGAGAAUGGAAAUAAUGGAAUUAAAUGGUCAUCCUUACUUUGUGGGUGUACAGUAUCAUCCAGAAUAUAUCUCUCGACCAAUGAAACCAUCACCACCUUAUUUAGGAUUAUUAUUAGCUAGCACUGGUAGAUUGACAAGUUAUAUAAAUAAAGGUUGUCGACCAUCACCAAGAAUGUCAUUCUGUGAAAGUGAAGAAGAUAUAUCAGAUGAAGAAGUGUCUGUAUUAACAUCAAAACUUUCCUUAGAAUCCUAACUAAUAUUCUGUCAUAUACUAAACUUUCAUCCAACUGUAUCAUUGAAUCAGUUCAGGCAUUUAACUACUCCUUUUACUGCCAAAUUUAAUCUCCAUGCUAUGCCCAAGUUAACUGUGCAGAUUUACUCUUGCUAGUGGUAACGAAAGAGUUGAGCAUUCUGAAAAAUGUUCUGAUGGUCCAGGAUCCUGUAUUUGUGCUUAAAGAUGUAUAUAGAGCAGAUAACUUACCUCUUAUGUAAAACUUUUAAUUAAAGUUUUAUUAUUGCAUAAGACCUUUACAAAUAUUUUAGAAAAUAUUUUAUUUCCUUUUUUUUGUCAGGUUUAAGUAUGUUUUUCCAAUUUAUUUUAUACCGUGAUAUAAUAAUUUAGGUAAUGCUUGUAUUUAUACUAUUCUUGUUUUGUGAUACCUGUCUAUUAUUAUUGUUUUACUUGUUAUAUGGCAUUAUCUUUGUUAGAUAUUUGUAUGAUAGAUUGACCUGUAUCUGAUUCUAACUACUUUUAUUUAGGCCAUUCUAAAAAAAAAUUAUUCUGGUUCUCAGACAAUCCUUUCCAAAAAAUCUGAUGUUGGAGGGAGGUAUUUAUUUUGUCAUGAAUUCUACUUUUCUAAGUGAACACUCAUAAACAUCACAUUUGAAAGCAUUACAUUUAUCUUGUGUGUGAUUAUCCAGUGACACUGUAGUAUCAGAGAAACAGAAUGUUUUUUAUAUGGCCUUACAUUCAAAACUUUGUGUUUUAUGGUGUAAGAAUUGUUAAAAGUAAAUCUGAAUUCAGAUUUGGUUGAAAUUACUUCAAUCAAGCACACUCUAAGGAAGAUAUACUUAUUAUUAUACUUUAGCAUAUUCUUUAUUUAUGUGUAUGUAUUAAAGUAGAAAUGUUACUAUUGAUUUAUAAAACUAAUCAUGUCCAAUCUUUGCAUGGAGUAAAUGAUACUACAGGUUAGCUAUAUUCCACUUACAGAACCCUACAAAUCUCCACAUUUUCUCAGUUAUACAGUACUUGAAUACUUGAUUUUUUCUUAAAUAAGUUGGCUUGUAUACAGUAGACACAUUGCUACUUUCUAUUUUUGUCAAAUGAUGUCAGGUGUAGAUUAAAAUUAUAACUUUUGACCGAUAUGUCUCCAGAUAAGUGUGUGUUUUUUUAGUGCUAUAUCAAUCCGUUGCUAUCUUAAAACUUCCCAUGUUACGGUCUUUACAUUUAUGGAUUAUCUCAUUUCUUUUAAUUGAAUAUAUUAUCUUAUUUUUCCGAAAUUGAGAUGUCGUGUGAGCAAUCAAGAUGUGGGAAAGGUCCCUUUGUCAUCGCGUGUCACUGGAUCCAUAAACUUGAUUUAGUAGUACUUUUAUCAUUUAUUGUCCCCCGCCUUUCGAAGAAAGCAGGGGACUAUUAAAAUGGGUUCGUCCGUCUGUCUGUCCGUCACACUUUUUGGGACACAAUAACUCUCUUCCUAAUUGAGCUAGAAUGUUCAAACUUGGUGUAUGUGUUUAUUAGGUCAAUGCCUUGAUGGAGUUCGAAGAUGAGCAUUUUCCGCUUAGGGUAAGCAGAGAUAAGCAAUUUGAUUGGUUGAUGCUUUGGGACACGAUAACUCUCUUCCUAAUUGGGCUAGAAUGUUCAAACUUGGUGUAUGUGUUGAUUAGGUCAAUGCCUUGAUGGAGUUCGAAGAUGAGCAUUUUCCGCUUAGGGUAAGCAGAGAUAAGCAAUUUGAUUGGUUGAUGCUUUGGGACACGAUAACUUUUAAUUGAGCUAGAAUGUUCAAACUUGGUGUAUGUGUUUAUUAGGUCAAUGCCUUGAUGGAGUUCGAAGAUGAGCAUUUUCUGCUUAGGGUAAGCAGAGAUAAGCAAUUUGAUUGGUUGAUACUUUGGGGCACGAUAACUCUCUUCCUAAUUGAGCUAGAAUGUUCAAACUUGGUGUAUGUGUUGAUUAGGUCAAUGCCUUGAUGGAGUUCGAAGAUGAGCAUUUUCCGCUUAGGGUAAGCAGAGAUAAGCAAUUUGAUUGGUUGAUGCUUUGGGACACGAUAACUUUAAUUCUAAUUAAGUGAGAACUAUUAUAAAUUAAUUAAAUAUGUAGUAUGCAAUAAUGAAUUGACAUUUAAUGACAGAAAGAAAACAGUGAACUUUGCACAACUUGCAGCAAGAUGGAAAAUAGACCCGUUGAUACAACCAAACUCUAGAUCUGUAGGCAUAGAGCAUGUUUUCCCCUUAAUAUGCUAUAAUUAUUCCAUCAAAAACAUUGUAUGCUUAGACUAUAAGUAAAGAUAUACUGUUUGAUUGUUCAAUACUUUGUAAAAGAUAAUUUGUGAUAAAUUUAUAUGUGUCCUCUAAUUAUUUUCCUAUUUCGGCGGGGGACAUCAGCCUCACUGUUGGCUUGUUACUUUUAAUAUCGAUUGUGUGUGGUUUCCUGUUUAUCUUCUGGUUUUCUAUUUGAUAGUUAUAUGUUUGAUGUGGUUAUGAAGCACUUAUUAUUAGACUAGAGUUGUAUUUUUGUAUUGUCACAGUUUAAUGUGUGCACGUGAAAUCACAAGGUCUGUCUUUGAGUAAAGUGGUGUGAUUACGAUUUCCCGCUAAAACGUGACAAAUAGGAGGGUUGCCUAUCCAACCUCGUGGGUUUCUCCAGGUCCUCCUCCCACUGCUACAGACCCAUACGCUCAAGCAAAUUGAAAUAAAAUUGAACUGUAUGUUAGUACUGAAAUUACCUAGUUUGUGUUGAGUGGAUGUCAAACCCCAUUUCUCUCUGUCUGAAUUUUUUACCGCACUCUUAAAAUGUAUAAUCUUUAGACCUUGCAUUAUAACAUACAUAUAUCAACCUGUUAUACUAGAACCCAAAGCAUCCUCAGAACUACUCAAGUAUCACCUUAAAACAAAGCACUGUAUACCAAUAUAAAAAAUUUGUUAAGUUACUAAGAUUGCAUGAUUAAAACACAGUCUUCAAAGAUAAUACUUCAAAUGUCGACAAUGUAGUAUAAUUAAAAAAUAAACAACCCAACAUUGAGGUCUGAAUUUGAUCAGAUUGAUUCAAUGAUUUAUUUUCUCUUUGAUUUUUUUAUAUUGUUCCGAAUAAUGUCUCAAAGUAUUAUUAAUUUAUUGAAGUGUCUAAAAUGUUAAGACAUUAGGUCUAGCCAAAGAGAAAAAAAAAUUUUAGAUUGAAUUUACUAUUGAAGGUCUGAAAAAAAUUAUAAAUAUACUGAGCGCCAUGGAAAACGCAUCACUUAGUUUUUCGUAUAACAAAAUGAUCCUGUAAACAUAUCUUAUUUAUUUUGCUCCUUAUUGUGAACAAUAUUCAAAUGGGAACACAUCAAUAACAACACAUUUGUACACUUAUGGAUGUUUAAUCUGUAAUCAAGGGUACAAAGUCAGAGGGGUCAAAACCAAAAGUACGACACAGAUGUCAGUAGCGCGUGUGUCUUCCACGGGCCAUCAUCACGGUAGGCUACAGCAUUAACGCGACCCCUGCAAAUGUGUAGGGUGGUCCGGUGAUGAAAUGUGAAGCCUCCCCACACCAUUACACUUCCCCCACCCCAUCGAUUCGUUUUGAAGAUGCAGCAGUCUGCAAGACGUUCCCCAAGACGUCUCCACACACAUUGACGGCCAUCAGCGUGAUAAAGAUGAAAGCGACUCUCAUCACUGAAGAGCACACUUUGCCAGUCUACUUUUCUCCAUGUCUGGUGUCCUUGAGCCCAUAUCAAACGCCGCUGACGGUGAUGAUCCCUGAGGACAGCUCCAACAUAAGGUCGUUGUGCACAGAGUCCUACUUCUCUUAGACGACGUCUUACGGUGUUGGCACUUUUACUGGUCCUUGUCUUCCGACGACUGCUGCAACUGUUCGAGUCGCUGGGCAGAAUCUGUCACGCAGAUGAGUGACCCGAUGUAGCGGUCUUGAGCCUGGGUUGUAACGCGUUGUGGACCAGGACGUUGACGGUCACGUGUUGAUACAGUAACUCGAACACGUUCCACCAACCUUACAAUAGUGGACUGAUGACAAUUGAAGUGUCUGGCAAUAGCACUUGUAGACAUGCCAGCCCUGGACAUUCCCAUGGCUUCAUUCUGUUAAUUUUCAGUAAGUCUCGGCAUCUCUUGCUCGAUUCCUUCACACGUCCAACAAAAAAUUACGACAAAUUGACGUUUCACAGUUCAUGUACUGCACAUUAAGUUGAAAACAUGCUUUUAAAGGGCUCACACACAAUGCUGCACGUGAAUAUUGGAGUUUUCAUGUGCAUCUCGUGCAAUUUUUUUUUUUGCACACGGGCCAAUAUCUUUUGCAUUUGGGAGCAUUGUGUGAAACAAUAGUUCAUAGUAUUGCAUAAUAUUAUACAUACAAAACCACCUAGUAAUAAACUAUUUGGGAAAAAAAGUGAUGCAUUUUCCAUGGCGCUCAGUAUAUCAAGAGUUUUAAAAUGUAGCACAGAAAUAUUUUUUGAUAUCCCAACAGUCACGGUAAAGGAAGGUUAAUUUUGAUUUAUUUAUUAUCUGCUUUUAACCAAAGAGUUUAUUCUUUUAGUACAAUAUAACUAAUCAUCUAACUGGACAUAUUCAGGUUCUUGUCAAUAUUUUGUUAACUUUUCUAUUAAUAGAAAAUACAAUGCUUUGAAAUUUAUUUUUAAUAAAUUGUUCUAAAUCCU